CUACUGUUCCUCGUAUCAUUACCUAUGGCAGCUGCUCGUCUGGUCAACCGGACCAUAGACGACGAGUAUGGUGAUAGCGUCACGGGCGUGAAACCCGUAUACGGGCCUAGCUCCGACCCAACUGGCAACUGGAUACAAGGCCUGACCUGCGUACAUUGUACAAUGCUCCCCGAGAAGGUCAUCGACAUCUCACAGACCUUCAACGGAACCUGGCACGACUCUACGUACCACCCCGGAAACCCCGACCACACCAUCAACGCCCCCUUUUCGGGCACGGCGGUCUACGUGUACUUCAUCGUUCCCAACUUCGUCCAGUACACGACGACCCUCGUGAACCUCAGCUUCACGAUCGACAACGUCUUUCACAACCAGUACCAGCACAUCCCCGACAAUAGUACCACCACCAUCUCUUACAACACCCUCGUUUUCCAUACGACAAACUUAGUCAACACCGAUCACAACAUCGAAGUACGCGCCAGCGGGUCCAACGCGUCCAUCCUCCUAUUCGACAACAUGCUCUAUACU